CCUUGGUUGUUGUUUUCAAUAACAACAACAUUCGAUUGAAAUAGUCCUGGUGCACUUAGUUGAUUUAAACAAUUGUUAUUUUGUUGCAGUUUGGAAUAUGGAAUCUUGUUUACUGUGUCUGGAGAUAAAUAAAGACUUAGUGGACUGCAUAAAAGUGAAUUCAACAAAAUGGCUGGAAGAGAACAUAACGGACGUGUUAGAGAACCACUUUUGGCAACUGAAUACUUUAGAAACUACUUCCUCAUGGCUAUGUUUUUAUUGCUGGCAGGAAUUGGACAGCUUUCAUAAAUUCUAUAAACGCAUAGAGGAGGCUCACCAACAUUUUGGAAAACAAAUUAAAGUUGAGAACGUUAAACAAUCUGGUGGAGAAUGCCAAGAGAGCAACGUGAAUAAAUUCAAAGACAGUGGAAUUGAGCAAGAGAAAGAUAGUAGUGUUCAGUGUUAUAUAGAACCAGAAAUUCUUAUAGACGAACCUUUACUGCAAGAAAACUUGGUUGACGAACAAUCAACUAUAAUUAAAGAAGAACCUGGUAAUGAACUUUUAGCAGUUGAACCUAUACAAGGAACAUGUAAGCUUGUUCCUAAUAUUUGCAAAAAAGAUCCCUUGGAAACUAUUAAAAAAUCCAAAAGUACAAAGUGUAGAACUGCUAAAAGUGUUCAACGAAAUCAUUCUCAAAAAACACAAAGCUCCGAACAAUUCCGGAAAUUAAAAACACCUGAUAAUGCCAAUGAGCAUUCAAAUGACAGCCAAAACUCUGAUUCAUCUAGCGAUAGCAGUUACACACCAGCUACAGAUAGCCAGGAAAUAGCACAAAAAUCCUAUUACAAACAUCGCACAAAUCGCAAAGAAAACGAUAAAUUUAUAACAAAACAUUUUAAGCAAAUGUUGUGUGAACUUUGUCAAGUUCCUUUUGAAAACUUUUUCGCCAUUCAGAAACACUUUUCAGAGACUCACCAACAACGAGGCUACGUGGUAUGCUGUAAACGCAAAUUCUUCGAUCGAACGCGUUUAGUUGAUCAUUUGCAUUGUCACUUAAAUCCGGAUCACUUCAAAUGUGCUGAAUGUGGCAAAGUCAUGUCGGACCGUUUACGUUUAGAAAAUCACGUGAUGCGAGUACAUCGGGCUAAUGAAGUUGUCCGGAAGCAUUGUUGUGAUAUAUGCGGCAAAUCGUUUACAGAUGCUCAUAGUUUACGUGUUCAUAAAUUAACUCAUUUGUCGGAAGAGGAAAAAAAGUUUCCCUGCCAGGAAUGCGGCAAAUUUUAUGGCAGUUCUUACCUCUUGAAACAACACAUACAAGCGGUUCAUUUAAAAAAAUUCGUUAAAAUCUGUUACAUUUGUGGUAAAUCUAUCUGCUCAAGUGCCGAUUACAAAAUACACAUGAACAAACACGAAGGCAUACCGCAACCAAUUAUAAGCUGUGAUAUCUGCGGUUUACGUGUGACUAGAGAAAGAGGACUAAAGCGGCACAAAGAAACCCAACAUCCAGUGGGUGGAAAAACAGAACAUCCCUGUCCCAUAUGCCCCAAAAUAUCACCCACACUUAAGGCUCUACGCAAGCAUAUCAAUACUAUGCACGAAAAGGGUUACGAUCACAAAUGUAACAUCUGUGAAAAGGCUUUUAAGAGAGCAGAAGCUUUAAGGGAACAUACGGCCUCACAUACCGGAAGUACAUUAUAUACGUGUCCUUGGUGCCCGAAGACGUUUAAUUCAAAUGGUAAUAUGCAUGCUCAUCGCAAAAAAGUACAUCCUAAAGAAUGGGAGGAAGCUAAACUUCAAAAAUAUUCGGGGAACUUGCCAGAGGAAUUGAAAGUAAAGAUUGCAAACAAUAAUGUAGAUGAAAAUUGUUAAAUAAACUGGAAAGAAAACAGAUAUAGUAUAUUUAUACAUAGUAUGUAUGUAUGUUUCCUUGAAUUUGUUUAUAA